AUGAAGAUGCAUCAUUAUCUCAUGAGCUGGGGUAUUGGUGUCGCGAAGAAUGCGAAAUUUCUUCACGAUGUUAUCAGAAAGGUUACCAGAUAUGCCUAUACCGCGAUACGCCACAAGUCGUGCAGCAAGAUUGCGCGCAGCAGUGGAGGUAUUUGCGGUCUGCAGGCAGGUUCUGUGAUAUGGUUGGGGACGCAUGCAUUUUACACCGUGUUAUCUAAGAAGCCUGAGGUCUACGGCACUUCGACACUGCUGAAGUCACUUCGGUUCGAGUUGUCUUUCCCUUGCAACAAAGGGCUGAGGCACCGGUUUAAGAAGGUGGUAAAGGAGGGUCUUGAAGGUGUUGCUUCAUUAGAUUUUUGA